AUGUCGGCUGGCCCCGGGGACACGGAGCUCUGCGCUGCGGCUGCCGCCGAGGCCGGCGCGGAGCCCCGGCACGGCCGCCGGCUGCAGGAGGACGAGGAGGUGGCCGUGGAGCGGGUGCUGCUGUGGGAGAAGAGCUGGAGACCCUGCCCCAAAGCCCGCAGGCGGCUCCAAGGGUGCCUGGCGUUCGUGCGGCGGCAGCUCCUCCGCGUCGGCGAGGACUGGUACUUCCUCUGCGCCCUGGGCGUCCUCAUGGCCAUGAUCAGCUUCAUGACGGACCUCCUCGUCUUCAGGCUCUUCGAGGCCCACCGCUGGCUCUACCAAGAGAUUGGCGACUACCCGGUGCUCAAAUACCUCUCGUGGACCAUGUACCCGGUGGCCUUGGCUGCCUUCUCCACCGGCUUCUCACAGAGCAUCACGCCGCACUCAGCGGGCUCCGGCGUCCCCGAGCUCCAGACCAUCCUCACGGGGGUCAUGCUGGAGGACUACCUGUCCAUCAAGAACUUCGGCGCCAAGGUGGUGGGGCUCACGUGCACGCUGGCCUGCGGCAGCACCGUCUUCCUGGGCAAAGUGGGUCCCUACGUGCACAUCUCCGCCAUGCUGGCCGCCUACCUGGGCAAGAUGCGGACCUCGGUGACCAAGGAGUACGAGGACAAGGUCAAGCAGAACGAGAUGCUGGUGGCGGCGCAGGCGGUCGGCGUGGCCGCGGUGUUCGGGGCGCCCAUGAGCGGGGUGCUCUUCAGCAUCGAGGUGAUGGCCUCGCACUUCGCCGUGCGCGACUACUGGCGCGGCUUCUUCGCCGCCACCUGCGGCGCCUUCGUGUUCCGCCUCCUGGCCGUCUUCAACAGCGAGCAAGAAACCAUCAUCGCCCUCUUCAGGACCGACCUCAAGCUCGAUUUCCCCUUCGAUCUCCGCGAGACCUUCUUCUUCCUCGCCCUGGGCAUCGUGUGCGGGGUGGUCGCCUGCGCCUACCUCUUCUGCCAGCGCUGGCUGCUGGGCUACGUCAGGGAGAACAGGUUCACGGCCAGGCUGCUCGCCACGGACAAGCCCGUCUACACGGUGCUCGUGGUGCUGCUGCUGGCCUCCAUCACCUUCCCGCCCAGCCUGGGCCAGUUCAUGGCCUCGCAGCUCACCAUGAAGGAGUACCUGGUGUCGCUCUUCGACAACCGUACGUGGGGCGAGCUGGCGCGCGGCGCCCCGCCGGGUGGACCCGCCGGCCCCGGCCACCUCUGGCACGCCUGGUGCCACCCCUCCGUGUCCUUCUUCGGCACCUUGGCCUUCUUCCUGCUCAUGAAGUUCUGGAUGCUCAUCCUGGCCACCACCUUGCCGCUGCCCGCCGGCUACUUCAUGCCCAUCUUCGUGUACGGAGCUGCCCUGGGGCGCCUGGCGGGCGAGACAGUGGCCGCGCUCUUCCCCGAGGGCAUCACCACGGGGCACCCGGUUGUGCCCGGCGGCUACGCUCUGGCUGGGGCGGCGGCGUUCUCGGGCGCCGUGACGCACUCGGUGUCCACGGCGCUGCUGGCGUGCGAGGCCACGGGGCACCUGGCGUGGGCGCUGCCCAUCACGGCCGCCGUGCUGGCCGCCAACGCCGUGGCGCAGAAGUGGCAGCCUUCCUUCUACGCCGGCACCAUCAUCGUCAAGCGGCUGCCCUACCUGCCGCCCAUCCGCAGCCGGCACAUGGCCUCCUACCGGGUGCUGGUGGAGGAGUUCAUGAGCCGCCAGGUGCUGUCGCUGGCCAAGGCGGCCGCUUUCAGCGAGGUGCUGGCGGCGCUGACGGCUGCUCCCGGCGCCACCGACUUCCCCGUGGUGGAGAGCGCAGAGUCGCCCACGCUGGUGGGCACUGUGAGCCGCGCGGAGCUGGUGGCCUUUCUGCAGAGCCACAGCGACACUGGGGAGAAGCCGGCGGGGAUGGUGGGGGACGACUGCGCCAUCGAGCCCGUCAUGCUGCAGCUCUCGCCCUGGACCUCGCUGCACCAGACGCAUCACCUCUUUGAGCUGCUCAAGCUGCAGCAGCUCUUCGUCACCCGCGGCGGGGAGCUGGUGGGAACGGUGACACGGGCCGAGCUGCGGAGGGCCAUUGAGGAGCUCGCCAACCCGCAGUGA